UCAUGCUCAUGCUCCAGCGGCAGAGGCGAGCCAGUCAACACAACUGCCAGCAUGGCAGCAAAACACUUCUACCGACAGGGCUUUUUAUUACUUUUAUUUAAUUUGAUCUCCACUGCAGCCUUGGAAAAAAGGUUCUCCGACUUUAAACGAUGCGCCGAUAAGGAGUGCAGCAUGCUUCUGUGUCGGGGAAAAGCUAUCGCAGAUUUUUCGGGACCAGACUGUCGGUUCCUGAAGGUCAAAACAUCAGAAACUAUCUAUGUAUACUACAAACUGUCAGGCAGAAGGGCCGACAUAUGGGCCGGAAGUGUUGGAAGUAACUUUGGCUAUUUUCCAAACCACCUUCUUGCAGUUAACCACCGUUAUACUGACAAAGAAAUUGAAGUUCCAGCAGAGGAAACAGAUUUUGUCUGUUUUGAGACUGGAUUUGAUAAGUUUGAUAACUACGACAUAGAUUUACUGCUCGGCUCUUCACUGGAGGAGAAUGAUGAAAAUAAUGUAACAACUGACCACAUUCUAGUGGCACAGGAUGAGCAGAAAGAAACACAGCCAUCAACAGAAGAGGCGACUGAGCAGCAUGAGAACUCUGAGCAGCAUGAGAACUCUGAGCAGCAUGAGAACUCUGAGUACCAUGAGAACUCUGAGCAGCAUGAGAACUCUGAGUACCAUGAGAACUCUGAAUACCUUGAUCACGUCCCAGAUGAUUUAAGCGCCUCUUUACCUGAACUGGACGUGGCAGCUGAAUCACCUUCUCCCGAGGCAGAACCGUCUGAGACAGCAGCUACACCUGGUGCUCCUGAAAGAGCUGCAGAACACACACAAGUUGAGAAGAACACAGUCGUGCCCAAUAUUGAAAGUGCACCCGAAAAAAGUGAGACGGAAGAAACAAUCACAAACUCUCACGUAGAAUCUUUGCCCAAAGAAGAUUUUGCUUCGGAAAACGAACCAGUCACGAUUUCUGAAGGAGUGAAAAUCCCAGAGUUAAAAACAACAUUUGGAACAACUUUUGACGCCGUCGUCACCGACGACGAAAUCACCAAGAACGUUACCCCGUAUGAAGAGGAAGGCGAAGAUGUGGAAAAUUAUCCCGAAGAUGACGUGGAUGUUAAAGCAGAAACUCCAUUGCUGUCUUUUUCCACAGAAACCAUCAACACUCCGGCAUCAGAUUCCCUGAAAAAGCAUGAAAGCCCUCCACAUGAUGAUAAACCAGAGGCUGCGGAGGGGAAGAACGUGUGGACGUCAUUUGGAGAAGCUGUUUUUUCAGUUGUCACUGGGGGAGAGCGGAGAGCACAAGAUUUGAGUUCAGAGGAGGAAGACGAUGAUGAGGACGAAGAGGCUGCUUCCACAACAUAUAAGAGUUUUAAGGAAGAAAAGACGGCUGGAGAAAGAAAACUAAUAGUGGUGAAAUCUGAAGAGCCUGAGAACAGGGAACAACAAACAACAGCCGUGUUUGAUGGUGACGACGAUGAGAGUGAUGCAGAAGUGAUCGGCCCCGCGGACGCUUUGGAGGAACCAACCGGUGUGCCGAUACACCAUCAAACAGAAGCAUCUAGAAUAUCAGUGGAUCCAGUAUCGCAUGUUGAUACUUCUGCCAUUCAUGAGGCUCAAAACUCUUUUAAAACAACAGAUAAAACCAUUGAGCAUGAAGAAGAGGAGGAGGAGGAGGAUGGUGAGGAGGAGGUGGAAGAAGAAGAAAUGUCCAAAGAUACAGAGGUUCAUGAUGAUGAUGACGACAGUAGCGUUGUAAUGGAGCAUAGUGAGGAUUUGGAUGCUGAAUUUAAUGAAAACAAAGUGGUGACAAAUCUAGAAGUAGCUGAAUCUGAAAUACGGCAAGACCCGAUGACUGAGGAGACGGAAUCCGAUGUGAAAGAUGAUGAACAGACAGUCGAUGAAAGCCUACCUCAUCACAUACAUGACCACUUGAUGAACGAUUUAGAGAGUCAACCAGAAUUAUCUGUGGAGGGACCAGAGAUUCACGAGGAAAAUCUUUCAGAUGAAGAGAAGGAGAUGCAGGAAAAGAAAGAAGAAUUACUUGAUGAUGAAAAUGCACUUUCUUUCUCACAAUCCGACAACAAAGACCCUGAAUCCUCCUCUGAAGUGGCUCCGCCCACUGUGCCGACUCAGGAGCAAGAAUACAGCGACAGCGUGAUGAGACUGACUCUGCUUCGAGACCACUUCACAAAGGAGAACAUGGAGCAGCUCCAAAAGCUGCUGGGUCUCAGUAAUCUAUUCAAAGUGGAGGCCAUGUUCUCUGACCUGGACAUUGAGUUGCAGGCUACCUCUCACACAGGCUCGACAGAAGACAUUGAAAAUGCACUCGAGCGCAUCCUGGAGACGUCUGAAAAUGCAAUCCUGGACGAGAUCGAGAAGAUGCUGGAUAGCCGGAGCCCAAAACGCAGUUAUGACCAACAUGCAGACACAAGCAUUUUGGACAAGGAGACGGAAAUACUGGAUGACUUGCAGGAGCUCGCAUUCAGCCUCCGACAGAAGUAUUCUACAGCCAAUGACAGCACGCCUCUGUCCACAGAAAAAGCAUCAGGUAUCAUUCAAGAUGAACUCAAGUUACAAGUAAAAGAAGACAUGCCCCACAUUGUUGACGAAGAAAAGGUUGACGGUUUCCCUGAAGCUGAGAGCAAUGACAACCUCACAGUUACGCAACAUGAGGAGAAGCCAGCAGAGACUAAUGAAGACCAGAUGGUUUUGGACGAGGCGGCCAGUAGGCCGGAUGUCAGUGUGGAGGAGGAUGGCGGACACUUUAAUAAUAACAAAGACAAUCAGCCUAUCUUUAGUGCAACAGAUGAGAUGCAAGAGGUCCCUCAAGCCACCCUGGAAAAUCCCUUAGACACGGGCCUUGAUGUCGAGGUCGAGCCCUCGCCUUCAGGUUCUUUGGACUCCACGGGACCAGUGUCUGAAAUUACCGAAGAAGAAAUUGGAUUAUUUUCAACUGGGAUGGUUUAUAUGGGCUGCAUCCUUUUGAUGAUCAAGAGAAAAAUUGUGGAGUGGACUAUUGAGGUGAUUUCAUUGCUGCCAGAAGAGUGGAAGCCAGGGGAAACGUUGUUUGGUUGUCCUUGGGAAGCUGUGGUCAUCACUGCUUUGAUCGGAGUAGUGACCUUCACCCUCUUUCUCUGGAGGACCGUGUUGUCAGUAAAGAAGAGAGAAUACCUUGUUGAUGAAAAAAGGCUGGGAGAGCAAAUUCUGGCACUAAAAAAAGAGAAGAAUGACUCUCUCGCCAGAAUGUCUGAACUCCAAAAACAGACCGAACAACUGAAAGAAAAUCAAAAACAGUCGAAGACAACCAUUAGUUGUACAAUUAAAAGGAUGCAAGACCUGGAGUGUAAAGUUUUGGAGGCAGAAACAAGAAAUGAACAAAUAGCUGAGGAAAAAAACAAAUAUGCUAAGCUACUCGAAGGCGAGAGGGCAAGCUCUCUGCAAAAUGGCACCAGGAUUGAGAAGUUGGAGAAGUCAAACGAGAAGCUACAGCUCAGCAGGAAAAAGACUCAGGAAACUCUCUCUAAGAGUGCUAUUCUCCUGGACGAGGCCAAGAUUCGCGAAGAUGCCCGAAAAGUUCAGCACAAAUGUCUUGAGAGGGACUAUUCAGUACUAAAAGAAGAAAAUAAAACGUUUAAGACGAGCAUUAAGAACUGGGAGGACAAACACAUGGAGCUGAACCAGCAGAUUAAAGUCUAUCAGAAGUCCCAGAAAGAGCUGGAGGACUCGGUGGUGCUCAAGGAUCACAAUGUGGAGGUGCUGUCUGAACUUCUGGCAGACCUAGAUGCUUGUGAUUUGCAGAAAAGUGACACCAAAGUUUUAGCCAAUGGUGAAGUCGCUCCUGUGUCUUUUUCAGACAAGAAGACUGCCAUAAAGAGCAGGAUCAAACAGAUGAUGGAUGUUUCUCGGGUCCAGACCACGCUCACUGUGGUCGAGGAAGAGCGCGAUCGCUUCAUGACCAAACUGCUCAAGGAAGAGAAGAAGAGAAAGUCACUGGAAGAGCAACACCAGGAGCUGGAGCAUGCGAUUGCAACCAUAAAAAGGGAGAAGGGCCAUGUUGAAAACCAGCUCAAGGUCCUCCAGCAGAAAAACGAAAUUAUGGUGGAGAUGUAUCAGCAGAAGGAAAACGCUUUGCAACAGAGAUUAACGAAGGAAGAGCUGGAGCGGCGCAGCAAAGAGAGUCAGCUGUCCGACGUGGGAGGGAAAGCGGUGGAGGCCGAGGAGCAAGUUAAAGUCUUAAGGCAACGCAUUAAUGAAAUGGAGGACCAGAUGAAGAAGACGGAGGAGGUCUAUAAAGAGCAGAUAAAAGAACAGGAAACCAAAACUCACUCAAACUGGGUAAAUGCUCGUAAUGCAGAGCGGGCUCUGAAUCAAGAGAAGCUUGAAUCAUCAAAGCUCCGUGAAAAACUGGCCGUCUUGAUGUCGCAGCUCAAUGAGCGCCGCGCUCCUCUCUUCAGACCCAACUCUGGACAACCUGCAGGCGCUCGCCAAGGAGAUUCAUAUGGGCCCUCUCCUGUGAGUGGGGGUGCACCAUCCCCCCCGAUAAUGAUCGAGGGUCCCAGGCGCCCUCCUUCUGCCCCAGUGGGGCGAAGAAUUGACCCGUAUGGUCCACGACCUCCAUCCGAUCCACAUGGUCGUUACCCUGAAGGCAAACACAUCUCGGGGAUGGACAUGAUGGGCCCCCGAAGCUCGUCACCAGCCAACCUGGACGUUACUACACAGGAAGUAGAUCCACAGAUACAAGCAGAGACACAGGCUGAGGCCUCCACAGACAGUCCAGAGCCAGGACCUGGAUCCUUCCUAGCGUCUCCGAUCAGGGACUCACCCGGCCAUAUGGUCCAAGGACCUCCCCCUGGUCCCCAUGACCAGCUUCUCCCUCUUGGACCCCACCCUGGCCGCCUGCCGCCGCCUGGAGCUUACAGACCUCCAAGACCUGGCCUCUACCACCUUCCACCAGGUCCUCAUGGUCCUCUUCCUCCGAAUGUACUUCCACAUCAUGGGCCUCCACUACCAGCCAAUGGACAUCCAGGUAUGCCACUGCCUGGACCAAUGGGAGGAGAGUUUGGACCUCGCCCUGCCAACGGACAUUCAUUCCACCCAAGGCCGGGCCCUGCACAUGUCAUUGAUCCUCGGGGUCCACCACAGCCACACUUCCGUCCUCCUCCGCCUCAUCACUUUGGGCCGAUGUCUAUGCCACAUGGUGUUCGUGGACCGAUGGGACCGAUGGGACCACGUCCACCUGUCCCUCAUGACAUGCGCUACCCAGGACCACGAGACCACAACAGCCCACCAAUGAACCUGCCUCCAGGCGUCCCCCUCCAUCCCGCACAUGGUGACGCACAUGGUGACACAUAUGGUCACGCUCCACCCGAUACCCUCCAGAACUCGCACACCGGCCCCAGACCGCAGGAGGCCCCUCAGGACUCGAGGCCAGCAAUGGUCCAGCCUUAAAGAUGCCACCAGCUGUGGCAGAGGACUUGCAUUUACCCUGAACCCAUCACAUCAGCACCCCAGAUCAAGUUUAAACAAAGGUCAUGAUUAUUUUCAUAUUUAAGUUAUAAAAUAAGAAAUUGCAAAGAUGUUUAUAACAAAAACAAAGAAGGUCCUUAAAUUAAAGCAUCUAUAAUUAUGUGUCUGAAAUCAAUGCGUAAAGAGGGUUUCCACUUUUCUAAAAAGCUUAUUGUGCAAUAAUUAAUUAUAUGCCAGAGGAUUUUUGUUGAUCUUUUAAAAAUUAUAUAGCAAUGAUUUUAAUGGGGCAAUUUUGUAACUGUCAUUUCCUGUGGAAAUUAUUUUUAAAAAGGAGGGAGUUUAGCUUCUAGCAUUUCAGGAAUUCCAUAAUUUCCCAAAGCUAUUGGUUUAGAGUAGACUUUAAAGCAAAUGUGUAAUUUGAUGGCCAGAUGUAUAACUUAUUUUACUAUGUUGGUAGAACUUUUAAUAAUAAAGAAUGUAAAUGCU